AUGUUUGCCAUGCUCGAUGCAAUGUCUCAUCCAUUGUAUCUGUGUGAUUCACUCUGCAUUCACGAAUGUACAGUGCGUCAGCGUUGCUUCUCCGGUGACGUGGAGCGUACUCGACCUCUUCGUUACAGCAUUGGUUCUCCGGAUCAGUAUGACAGCCUCCUGGACGCGAUCGAUCACGACUUACAUGGUUCACUUUUCCCGGAUGAUCUAAACGAGAUUCACAUGCAUCGGUAUAUCUCAUAUCCGCAAAAUGUGACUCUUGGAAACCUUUACUAUUUUAUUCUGGCUCCAACUUUGUGCUACGAGUUGAACUUCCCCCGAACCAGUUUCAUCCGCAAACCGUUCGUGUUACGACGUCUGUUUGAAGUGGUGAGUUAUCUUAAUGACCAGCUCCAUUUUUUGGCUUUAUUUCAUUUAUUUGUUUCUUUUAAAUCACCGAACUUAUUAGCCGCACCAUUUUGUACCGGUAGAAGUUGA